ACCAGGAGGAAGAAACUAUACAGAAAUGGAGGUUCAGAAUAUGAUGAGUGAUUCAAACAACAUUAAGGAAGAUGCAAAUUUGCUUCCUGGGUAUCGUUUUCAUCCCACUGAUGAAGAGCUUGUGAGGUUUUAUCUUCGGAGGAAGGUGGAGAACAAACCCAUUCGUCUAGAACUCAUCAAACUUAUUGAUAUUUACAAAUAUGACCCUUGGGAUCUUCCAAAAGCUAGCGGCAUUGUUGGGGGCAAGGAGUGGUACUUCUUUUGCAGAAGGGGAAAGAAGUACAGAAAUAGCGUAAGACCCAACCGGGUCACAAAAUCAGGGUUUUGGAAAGCCACUGGCAUUGAUAAGCCAGUAUAUUCUGUUGGUGACUUUCACAGUUGCAUUGGCUUAAAGAAAUCCCUAGUCUACUACCGGGGAAGUGCCGGAAAGGGUACCAAAACGGACUGGAUGAUGCACGAAUUCCGCCUUCCGGCUAGUUCAAGCAAGGAUGACACUUCUAACAUCAAGAACUAUACUCAAGAAGCUGAAGUUUGGACACUUUGCAGGAUUUUGAAGCGAGAUAAUAAUUAUUCUUGCAGAAAGUAUGCAUCAAAUUGGCAAAAGACAACUUCGAAUCCAAAGCAAAUUGUGGCUGACUCAAGUUCUAAACCGUGCAGUCCUGAAUCAGAUAUAAGUUUUGGUGCUUUGGCUGCUAAUAAGGAUCAAUUUGAAAGGAGCCCUAUUUUGUAUAACGGUCAUAUGUAUGAAGGAAACCGAUUUUCGGCAGGUGAUCAGCUGAGCUUAAAAGGUGAAGUUGAUCCAAUGGUGAACUCAUACAUAAGCUUUUCGAAUCCAAAAGAAGAUGAGAUGUUAACAUCAGAUGGAAACUGGGAUGAGCUAAGACCAAUGGUCGACUGUGUUCUAAAUCCAUCACUGCUAUAUAGUUGUAGGUAGUGGAAACUAUGCUCUCUAACCUUGUCGUAGUUAGUGGAUUAGAGACCCAUAAAGCAUGGGGACUACGGUAGGGUUUUGUCUUCAUGUUUUUCCCUUUUCACUCUUGGAUAUGUUAAUGCUUCUCUACAUGAAUAAUAUUGUAACUUUUUCCAUUCUAUUAAGAUAUAUCUGGGGGCGGAGCUAGGUAUAGACCCAAAGUUGUCAUGGCCGCCUCCGUAUAGCACUUUCAUCAUAGUAGUUUGACAACAACAAAAAGCCAUCCUAACCUCCUCCUUCUUAUUUAGGGGUUCUUGUGCUUUGAAUAUAAGAUUUUUUCGAUCCAAAAAAAAAAACUCCUUGUUCAGAAGAAAUUAAAAAAAAAGCUAAGUAUCAGGGGCACACACUAAUUAAUUGUUAUGUUGAAGUCAAUGUUUUAUAUAUGGGUGGGUGGCAAAGGUUGGCGGCUUUCUUUUUUUCCUGUUAU